AACAGAGAAGCAAAGUCUGUUUUUUUUUAUUUAUUUUUUUGGAAUGACAUCAUUGUUUCUGGGGCGAAAGCGAGGCUGCAAUGAACGGCGAGCGGAGGACUUAGCAUUGACGUAGUGGACAGAGGAUGGACCACAGAUAUAAAACUAUCCUAAAAUUGUCAAACGCCAGAGAGAGGCCGCAGGACUGAAGUGAACGGAAGAUAGGAGAGCGGGAGCACCAAAGAGGAUUAUUGUUUUCAGUUUGAUGAAUGCCUCAGUAAGCUGUUUGCAUUACUGCUAAAUAGAAAGCAAGAUGGAUUCAAUGUCUCCAGAAGCCCAUGGUUGGUCUGUCCUCCAAAAACUGAAUGAACAGAAAUCAAUGGGUCUUUUCUGUGAUGUCUCCUUGAUGGUGGAGGGUAAAAUAUUCUUAGCUCACAAAAAUGUCCUAUCGGCUUGCAGUGAAUACUUCUACGCAGCUUUAAAAAGAAAUGAGCAGCAACAGUUUUUGGUACUUGACAAUGUUAGCCUGGAGGGAUUUAGUCACCUUCUUGAUUUUAUAUACACUUAUAAGAUUCCAACUUGUCACGUACAAGACUUUAUGCAGGCUGGCCAUCAACUACAAGUUAGUCUUCCACUGACUAGUCAGGUGGUCUCAAUUUCCAGCAGCCCACCAAACAAUAAUACUAAGGAGGAAAUCUGUAUUCCUGAUGAUGAUUAUGAGGUACACGAUCAGGAGUCAGCGCUGGCAGAGGUGGACAGCCCAUCUUUAAGAAGCCAUCACAAUGAUAAUCCCUCAAACAUCAACAACAGAGUCUUUAGUGAGGACAGAAGAAGGUUUGAGCCAAUGGGCCAGCUUAAAGACAAAGCCAGGAUGCACAAAAGACCUUCCUUUUAUAAGGAAACAUUUGCAAUGCAAAACCCUGGGUUUUUCCAAAACAAACAAUCUGCUAAAAGUGGAAGGCUGGGUAGAGCAAGUCCUGUGGAUGAACCUCCUGAUAACUCAUUUCUCAUUCCUAGUUUUACCAGGCAAAUACCUAUUACAAUUCACAACGAUGGUUCUUCAGAAGAAGCAGAUGAUGACACUGCAGAAAUCUGCAUUAAUCUGUGCGAUGAGCCAGACACUCCAGAUAGUUUAGAGCCCAUUGCGCUCAAUGACUUGAGAUUACAUGAAGAGUCCAUUAAGCCUAAGAUUUACACCACCAUUGUUGGCUUACAGGGGGGUGGUGUGGUGGAGAGAGUGGAUGGCGACGAAAAUGCUGCUGAUGUUGUACACAGGUGUGAUAGGUGUGAGCUGCUGUUGCCAUAUCCAGAAUUUCUUAAUCACCAAGAUGAUCCAGGAAUACACCUUCUCCACUGCAGCUUGUGUGAUAAACAAUUCAACUACAGUUGUCAAUUGGCUUUACACCAGUCAACCCAGCAUGAAAAGAAGUUUUACCAGUGCAGUCAGUGUGGGAAAGAACUGAGUACAGUGAAAAAGCUACACGAUCACAUCGCAUACCAUUCUGAAGCCAGGCCUCACAAAUGCCAUCUGUGUGACAAAGCCUAUAAAGUGAAAAGUGAUCUUACCCAGCAUGUCAGAGUAAAACACAUAGAAGCCGCUACAGGAAAACCGCCUUUACUCCAGUUGUGCGAGUUUUGUGGCCAAGCAGUAAAGCACUAUAAAAGUCAUAAAAUAUUUUGCAGUGGAGUGAAGAAGUUUAAGUGUGACUUCUGUGUUCAGUCUUUCCACCGGAUUUCAGAACUCAAGAGGCAUACGUGGACUCAUACUGGGGAACUUCCAUAUCGUUGCAAAAUCUGUGGGAAAGGCUGCAGGCAUCCGAGUAACAUGAAGAAACACAUUCGUACAGUUCACAAAGCAGACAUGCGAGUGCAGAUCAAUAGAGAACAUGCGUCUCCCAGAUUCUGCAAGAACAGGAGGCCAGCUUCUAAAUUUUCAAGUCAAGUGCAAAUGCUACCUCCUGACCACUCCAUUCCAGUAUCCGGAAUAACUGGAGAUCAAGUGAUCCAAACAGACUCUGUGUCACCGUUAUCUCUUUCCUACAUCUCCAUCUUUACUGGUGAUGAACAAUCGGCCAAUGAUUUCCCCCCAUACGACUCACAGAGUGCAUCAUCCGAUACUGUCAGAUCAUUGUAACAAAGACUUUCAUUUUAAAUGAAAUGUGAUUUAUCAUUAUGGUACAUGGUUAUAAGACUAAUGUCAAUGAAAGUGGUUCUAAAGUCAAAACAUUUUUUUUUACCUUAAAGUGAUUUUAAACAUAUAUUUUUGAAAAUAAUAUACAUGUCAUACUUACCUGCUCUGUGCAAUAGUUUUGCACAGAGCAGCCCUGAUCCUCGUUUUUGAGUCCCCCGCUGGCGCUCCGAGCUUCUCCCCCUGUUGAGUGUCCCCAUGCAGGCCUAAUCCCAAGCUGCACUGUGUGUGUCCACUGACACACACAGCGUGUCUUGGUCCCGACCCCUGCUCCCUUAUCACUGGCUGUGAUUGACAGCCGCAAGAUCGAGUGGCUCCCGCUGCUAUCUCCAUGUCCAAGUAUAAGGGGAGCCUGGGGUGGAGCUGCACACAGGUUUUUUUACCUUAAUACAGGGAAUGCAUUAAAACGGGGGUUCACCUGAAUUUUUUUUU